AUGACCAAUCACAGUCCUACAUUGUUUUUUAAUGACUUCCGAUUUCUACUUCUUCCAAAAUGCAAAGGCUCGAGUAGGCUUAACGAUAGAAUUUUAGCGCUUGCGCCUGUGGAAGGUAGAAGUCAUUUCAAUGUCUUAGAACCAUUGUUCAAGGCACUUGCAGAAAAGGGACAUCAAGUAGACGUUAUUAGUCAUUUCCCAUUAAAACAACCAUUUCCAAACUACAACGAAAUUGUGAAAUUACCACCACUCAAUCUCUCGUCAAAUCACGAAUAUGAAAACUUUUCGACGCGCAAAAAGAAUUUCAAGUCUCUGCAUAUUUGGAAAAGAAAGUAUUGUAUCGAUACACUUGAAAAUCCGGAAAUAACACGAAUCAUCGACCACCCACCGACCGAUCCACCCUACGAUCUGCUUUUAAUUCAAUUUGUCAGCGGGUAUCAAUGUCUUACAGCUAUUGGACACAAAUGGAACGUUCCAGUCGUUGGAGUCGCAACGACAUUUUUAUAUCCAUAUAAUCAUCGUUACAUUGGGAAUCCAUUAAAUUUGGCCAUGUCAUCAAGCAAUCUUCGUGUUGACAAAGAAAAAAUGAAUUUCUGGGACAGACUAUACAAUUUCAUCAUGACGCAUUAUGCAAUUUACGAAUUUUACUCUGAAGCUUAUAAACAAGAUGCGAUAAUGAAAAAAUAUUUAGGUACGAACACACCUCAUUAUUCCGAAUUAGAAAGAAGUGUAUCACUGUUAUUGAGCAAUUCACAUCACAGUCUUCACGGAGUUUUACCGAAGGUUCCUGCUUUAAUUCAGAUAGGCGGAAUCCACAUUGAAGAUGAUAAUUCAACAAUUGAUCCGAAGUUAGCAAAGAUAAUGGAUGACAGUGAACAUGGUUUCAUAUAUUUUUCAUUUGGAACUAUUACGAAAAUUGAAUCUCUACCACCGGAAGCACUUGCACAAUUAUUUGUUGCUUUUCGAAGAAUAUCACCUAUUCAGAUAAUCAUGAAGUCGCAAAAUCCUAAAGCUCUACCGAAAAAUCUACCGGAUAAUGUACAUACAUUUUUCUGGUUACCACAGCGGAAAAUAUUGCAACAUCCGAAAAUUCGAGGUUUUAUUUCGCAUGGAGGAGGAUUAGGUACUCAAGAGUCCGUUUAUUAUGGUGUGCCUACUAUUUGUGUUCCACUUUUCGCUGAUCAACAUAUUAACUGUGAUAUUACUUCUGAAAAAGGUUUCGGACAAAAAUUUAUCAUGUUCAAUGCUCCUCAAGAAGAGUAUCAUCGUGUAAUUGACGAAUUAUUGCAUAACCCAUCUUACAAACAUGCCGCAAAACGAAUAUCUAAAGUGUAUAAAGACCGUCUGGUAAGUCCAAAGGAGGAGGCAACAUACUGGAUAGAAUAUGUAAUACGUCAUGGAAAAGAUGCUCUUCGAUCUCGUUCGUUAAAUUACAAAUGGUGGCAAAUUGAAUUGUUUGAUGUUUAUGCUUUCAUAAUGAUAUGCAUUUUAGCUGCAAUGUACACAGCGUAUUUUGCUGCAUGCCGUUUAAUAAUGUUCGCUUUAUCAUUUAUUAAAUCGUUUACCUUAAGAUAUAUACGACUAAGUAAGAAGUUACGUUAG